AAAAUAUUCAAGUCCAAUAUCUCAUUCUUGUUGGACAGACAACUAAGGAUAGUACAUUCACUAUUUUAUUUCUUUUGACAUUUAAAUAUUUGAACAUCAAAAUAUUAAAUUUUUGCUGUGUAUAUAGUUUACAAAAAUUGUUUCAAAUUUGGGAAGUUGGGGCAGUGCCUAAGCUGUCCAGAGGCUGCAGAUCGUCUUUAUAGAGUUACCGAAGUUACUUGCGACCAAACAAAAGGAAUUUCGCACACCUGCCAGUAGUGUCACGAUGUCGACUUUCUGGGGAUAUUUACUGGAAGGUUCUGUGUUUACUAUGAUCUGGAUAUGGUGGCUCAUCAACACAUUUGUUGGAGCAAUAAGGUGCCAGAGCGAAGGGAAAGAGUUCAUACCCCGCCUCAGCUACCCCCUCCCAGGGACCAAGAUGCCGGUGGAGAUAGUGUUCAAGUUGGCAGUGUCGGGCGUCGGUUUCCUAGCAACCAUAUUUUACGACGGCCUCUCAUUGGUGGACGAGAGCGGGAACUACCGCAAGAUGGCCGUCGUUCUAAGCAUGUCUAUCUACGGGAUCUUCAUGGUACACAGUUUGCUGGAGCUCCUCUUGUGGUAUGGCGUGCCCCUGAUAAGGAACAGUGACUACGUCACGGGGGCGCUGGGCUUUAUGUGGUACUCCCUGGCCACGUUUUACAGAGCUCAAGACUUUGGUCAUCAUGGUCAAGUGGCUAGCAUGGUCAAGACCUUUCCACUCUAUCCUCUGUUCGCCAUCGGCGUGUCUCUGCUCGUAGAGGCGGGCAGCAGGAGGGGUUACUGGACUCAGAUGAUCCGCAUCAUUUGUCUGGGUCUGUUAGCUACAUGGGACUGGAACGCUGCAUUCAUUCUGCACAAAGCUUCCCCUUUUCCAGGUGCUGGUAUGUCCAGUUGGGACAUGUCUGACCACGACAAUGCAGCUUUCAUUGGUGCAGCCUUCGGUGACCACAUUUGCUUCCACCUCAUGUUCCUGAUUGUAGCGUACCUGGCUACGGCCGUGUUCAUGAGGUUUAGGUACGGGGUCAGCAUAAGGUACCAGUGUGAUUGAAACUACACUGCACUACAGUAGACUCUAUGCAGAGAGGAAGGUUCACGACCUUUACAGUCUCAAGCUAUAAAUAUCAAGAUAUUAAGAGCACACAUAUAAUAUCGAAUAAAUACUGUAUGUCACGUGCUGACAAUGUUUCGUUGAAGUCGCUGUGAUUUCAUUUGGUUUUCUGAGAACUUGUUUUGAUACGUGUGUGGACAUUCGCUAUUUUGUUAUUUUAUUGUGUAAAAUUGUUGCCGACCACAUUUCUCUACUAGCUCUAUUCCUAGCAUCUUUCAACUGGUUCAGCCGACAUACUAGCUUUAACCUUGCCAGCGAAAUCAAUUGUGAACAUUUGGUUCAGUGCAAUGUCUCGACUUGCUGAUAUUUGAUGGAGGCAUGCUUUUGUUUUUCUUUUAAAAUCUCGUUUUAUUUAAGAUUUUAGGAUUUGUUCUAACGGGUUGACAUAGCUCCGUGACAACAACCUCCGCACAGGCAAUGGAGGUUCGGAAUGUCAAUUUGACACUAAAAGAUGCUGAGCAGAGUCCUAAAUGAAAGGAUACCCUUCUCUAUUCUCUAUAUUUUUUACUGAUAUGCUCAACAAUAUAUUAACCAAAAAUUCUAUUUAAUAUUGUUUUUAAUGAAGUUAUUGUAUCGGUUCUAAUAUCCAUCUCAAUUGUUCUGUCGUAUUCAUAAAACGGUAAGACUUGAUACAUCAGCUUAUCAGAGCGUUACCCUGUGAUACCGACAGAGACACUCUCUGAAAUAAAUACAAUAUUUCUAAAUAAAUGUUUGGUGUGAGUUGCUUUGUUUUGAAAGGAGAAACAUACACUUUUUUCUAUGUUUUACAAGACCAGAGUUAAUAUCCUGACUUGUGAAACUUAAUGUAGUGUUCCUCUUACAUGAAAC